AUGAAGAAUGGAUAUCCCGCUCAGUCCUCUCUCAUUGCACCACUCGUUCAGGCCUCUCCGUUGCUGCUGGCCAAAAUGAAUAACGUUGAACCGAAACCAGACGGCACCGCAACGCCCAUUUCUACUACAUCCACUCUUGCUCCGCCAUAUUCUGCCUUUUCGCUCGCUACCCGGCGGAUGAUUCUUGGCCUGGUCACCGCCGCCGGUUUCCUCGGUCCCCUCUGCGGCGCCAUCUACCUCCCCUCACUUCCUCUUUUCGAGGACAUCUUCCACACCUCAACCACAGGAAUCAAUGCAUCCGUUACUCUUUACAUGGUAGUCUUCGCCAUUGCCCCACUUUUCUGGGCCGCUGCCGCUGACCACUGGGGUCGAAGGCCCGUCUACACCGUCUCCUUGGCCAUUUUUAUCGCCUCCAACAUCCUUCUUGCUGCCGUCCCCGCAAACAUCGCAGCUCUGUUUAUCCUCCGCAUCCUCCAGGCCCUAGGUUCCAGUGCAGUAACCUCUGUGGGCGCCGGAACCGUUGCCGACAUCACCGAGCCCAAAAGCCGUGCUUCUGCCAUGUCCAUCUUUUUGCUGGGGCCCCACAUGGGUCCUAUCCUCGGUCCUCUUAUCGGUGGACAGUUUGCUGCUCCCUCCCGAUGGAGGUGGGCUUUUGGAUUUCUCGCCAUCGCUUGUUUUCCCAUCUACGCCGCCAUUCAACUAUGGCUACCCGAGACCCUGCGCACUCUCGUCGGCAACGGAGAAAGCCAGCGGCACCACCCCCUCCUGAAGGUGCAGCCCUUCCGACAAAAGCGCGAAGACGGCAAAACCGCCCCUUCCCAGCCCUCGCGCGUGCGCGUCUUCUGGGCCUUGCUCGUCUACCCGCCCAACCUCAUCAUCAUCGCCAGCACCGCCCUGCUCUUCGCCGGCCUGUAUGCCAUCCUCGUCGACUUCACACGGCUCUGGGUCCACGUCUACGGCUGGUCCGAAGCCCAAGCCGGCUACGCCUACCUCUGUCCCGGCCUCUCCCUCUUCCUCGGCUCCCUCGCCGGCGGCAAAGCAUCCGACCUCCACCGCGCCCGCGCCAUCGCCACCAUCACCACCACCACCACCACCACCAACCCCGCCAACCAAGCCGCCGCCGCCACCACCACCAGCCAAGCCACCCCCCCAAACCCAAACCCCAUCCCCCCCGAAUCCCGCAUCCCGCUGCAAGCCCCGGGCUACAUCCUCACCGCCCUCGCCCUCCCCCUCUACGGCUGGCUCGCGCGCGCGCACGCGCACCCCGCCGCCACGCUCUUCGCCUCCGCCCUCGCCGGCCUCGGCACCGCCUGGGUCCUCGUCACCAGCACCGCCUACCUGACCGAGUCGUCGCCGCCGCACGCGGCGCGCAUGGUGGCGCUGGCGGGGACGGCGCGCAACGGCGCGGCGGCGGCCGCGGCCGCGGCGGUGCAUCCGCUUGUGGGCGCGGUGGGGUACGGGUGGUGUUAUUCGGCGUUGGGGGUCGGGGUGGGGGCGUGCGUCGGGGGCGUGUGGUUUUUGUGGAGGAGGGGGGAGGGGUAUCGGGGGGGUUUGGGGGAGAGGAUGGCGAGGGCGGGGGCGGUGGGGCCAGUGGCGGCGGCGGCGAAGAGGUGA